GCUAUGGGUCAAGCAGUUAGUUCAAAUAAUCCUCUUGAUUACAAAUUUGAUAUCCCGAGGCCACAAUUUAACAGGGGUGAACUUGAUCACUUAAAAAGUAAUGAGCUAGAAAGCCUCUCGAACCUUAGAAUCUACACUAACUUGGAUAUUGAUGACCAAGGAUUUAAUUUCGAUAAUAUUAAUUGUUUCGACUUUGAGGAACAUUCUUAAGGCGCUGGAGCAUAUUAUUAUGGUUAGUUAGAUGGGGGAAAGAGGAAGGGCUUAGGAAUUUAAGUGUAUGAAGAACCGAGUUCUGGAAUUAAAAUGGCCUUCGGAACUUUUUAAAACAACUUACUUGAAGGUUACGGGUUAGCAAUAUAUCACGAUAAAACCUAUUAUCAUGGCGAAUGGAAAAUGGGGAAAUGUGAAGGCUUUGGUUAUUACUCUACCAGUUAUGGUGAUUUCUAUCUAGGAAAAUGGAGAGGCGGUGAAUUUAUAAGUGGCAUUUAUAGAACGUAUAAGCAAGAUCAUCUAUUUUAGAUCAGACUUUGAGUAUGUAGGGGAGUUAAGUAAAGGCAGUUUUCAUGGAAUUGGAAGAUGUUAUUAUUUUGAUGGAGCCAUAGUCCAAGGGAAUUGGUGUUAUGAUUAAUUAGAGGGAUUUGCUAAUCACUAAUUUCCAAAUAAGGAUAACUAUGUUGGUUAUUAUAAGAAAUCUCUUAAGCAUGGGAAGGGAAUUUUGUAUGAGAAUUCAGAAUAGAAAAUAUAUGAAGGCGAAUUCUUUUUUGAUCAUUUUCAUGGUGUUGGAAAAGAAAUUGACAAAGAGAAAAAAUAAUUCAUUUCUGCUGUUUUUAGAUAAGGCAAGCCCUAUAAACUUUACAGUAAAUAAACAUAUCAAGAUGAAUAUAACGGAGAAUAAGAGUGGAUUUUGACGGAGUAUGACUAAAAUAAUUAAGAAGUGGAUAGAAGCUUAUGUGUUAUUAGUGAUUACAAUUUCGAAUUACAAUUAUCUCAAGGAGGAGAUAAUUAUGUAUUAGUAUUAGAUAUUCUUAGGAAGCAAUUUAUAAAGAUAACUUAAAUUUAAACUAGAGAAUGGAUGAAAUUUUGAGGAAAAGUGAGGGAUAUAAGGAGGAACAUUAAAAAUUAGAAAAAAGACUUAAAUAAUUAACAAUAUUGCAUCAGCUAUAAAAAUGGCAUUACGAAUAAAAUUAAGAUAGAUUUCCUCAUCAUUUUAGAAGUUAGUAUUAAAAGUUUCUUUAAUAAGAAUAAUAAAAAUAAUAAUAAGAACAAUAAAUAGAAUAAUGA